GGGCUAAGCUGCGGAGCUACUGGUGUGUAGCCAAUUGUAUAUACACAGACAAGAAUAUACAGCAAAAUACCUUGACACAAACGAUUUGCUACGUGGAUAAGUUCGACCGCAAUUCGCAGAGAGAAAAAUAGCUUGCAAGAUAAGAAGAGAGCUCCACUUCAAUCGCACAAAGGCGAAAGCGAGGCAAAAUUUCAGCAAGUUCUCGCUACUUCGGGACUUAUUAAAAAAAUAAAAAUAAAAAUAAUAAGAGGAGGCAAGGGGAAAGAAAAUCUCAACUCUUAUCUUGCUUGCUUUGCUUUGCUUUACUUUUGCUGUAUGUUGGCCACCACCAACAAUGCAUGUUCUUUGUUCUUUGAUCGUUUUCGAUUGAUCAUUUUGUGGUGUGCGAGUGCGCCGCCGCCCUCGGCAUAAUGGAUGACACGGCGAGUUUGGUAUCGGAUCUUCUGCAGAAGCUCACCGAGCUUGAUAACAAGGUCAACGAAUACCGCAACGAUAUGGGCCAAGAGUUCCGACGGUAUUCGCAGCAGCGAUUACAAGAUGUACCAGGCGACGUCUCUGCUAAGGUCGAGAGGUUGAUCGCAGAGCAAUUUCAGAAUUAUCCGGCCUUAAGUCCUGCUCUUGAUCAUGUCCUCGACUCACCGUUUCAGUUUCAAUCGCAACCACAGUCGCAAAUCGAUAUACAUACCGUUGGUCCGGAGGUUGAAAAAGCGUGGACUGCUAGGGACUCACCGCCGCCUCUUUCCCCUCAAUCACCCGCCAGUCCCUCAGAUGACGGUGCCAGUAGUCCACAUGAACGAGAACGCGAGUUCCAUGGUCUGUUCACACCGAGCUAUCUCCCCUUACUUGAUGCCGUGCCGCGACGCACCCCGACACCACCCACCUUACCAAUCCAAAUACCUGAAGUCAAAGAGCCUAAUAGCGAUGAAAACACUUCUCCUACUACUCUAACCAACGUCAUUUUAGGGCGGCCUGACCCCGUCCGACGUCACACUGAAGACACGAUCUCUUCGGUCACAUCUGACGAUAGUGCGGCACGGUUACGAAGAAGCGCACUCCGCCGCUCAUCCAGUUCCUCUAUUAAAACCCAGAGUCCUAGGCGGGUGCGCUUUGACGUGGAAGGUGAAGAAGUUCUUCCCACGUCAUCACCACCAAUCUCACCGCGAGCGCCCGAGUUUCCGCCGUCCCCAUUAGGCAACCCCACUAAUCUAUUAGAUGAGUCAUACAAUGCGAUUCUUGUUAACGAUGAUACCGAUCUGCUAGGCAGCUCUCCGCCGAUGCCCAAAAAGAUUACCUCGACCGAUCGUCUGAAGGCUAUGGCGAGGAGUUCCACCGAGGAUACCUCAAAAUGGGAGGUUGUUGGUAACUUGGAGGCCACCGAUGAUGACGAGGAAGACGAAUUAGUCAUUGCUGGGUUAAAUGAGCGAAGAGGCUAUGACACAUCUCAGACUGUUGUGGAUACUAUAGGCACCGAGAGUACGGCACACCGUAUAAAUGACGCGCGCCUCCCGACCCAGCUUGGGGCUCCAUUGGCAGCUGUGAAAGAGACGGAGGAAGAGGAAGUUAAUAAAGAGACUGGUGAUGUUGAUGAUGUUCUCAUGAUGCCACCAUUAAGCUCUUUCAAAAACAAAAAGCGGUUUUCUCCACCGCUUGAAACGACUUCUGAAUCAACAUUAGAAGGUCGCGAUUCGCAACAGCCGACGGAACAACGUAAUGAGGCAAAAGAGCCAUCCAAACCUAAUAAUGAUUCAACACUUGACGAAGAAGACAUGUUCGAGUUUGAUGACAACCAAGAUACCCCAUCUAAUAAUAGGACCGAAGAGGCAAAAUCCAUCAAGAAAUAUAUCGAAGAGGAGGAAGAGGACGAUGAAGCGGAUGCGACGCCCAUAGCUGAAAACCCGACAUUAUUUUCCACGUCUGCCAGCAUCCCUGUCGCUAAACCCGUUGAUCCGGCACCGGCUCCUUCAUCACCUCCUCAUGUAGCUGCAUCCGCGGGGUCAUAUCGCGGAAAAUCAUUUUCGAUCGGUAUCGUUCGCGACCCAGAAUUGCAUAAGAAGGCCGAAGAGAUGGGUGAUUUUUACACUUUUGUCGGCAGUGUCGAUGGAAGAAGCGGGGUCGACGAAUCGAGUAGCUAUAGACCCGAGUUGACUUACUUCAACGGUACACCGAGAAGUCUUAGCGAGCGUCUAAUACAGGAAGACUUGGAGGAAGCCCGUCGAAACACGCAGGCAAAGGACGACGAUUAAGCUCUCGCAGCGAAUAAACUCCAAGAUAUGGAAUCCAAAUAUGUCCUAGGAAUUUGCAAAUGCAAGUAAACCCGCCGGAAAUUCGGUCCCUAAUCACCCUUAAUUGUUGUAAUGUCUAAUUA